AUAACCUCAGGUCAGGAAGACAUAGCCAGUGCCGCUACACACAGGUGGCCACAUUCAGUCAUAAUUCUUGGGCAUCAAUAUUCCUUGUUUAACAUUAAAAAGCACAUACUGGUACCCCUUGUCGCGACGGCACCUAAGUUUGACCGACUUUUAAUCAUCUCUUUCUGUUCCGAACCCCUCCGGAACCCACGAAAAAAAGAAGAGACGAGUCAAGGAACCCGAAGAACCCUUUCCCAAUACUAUCAUAUUAGAUAGGCAGAUAACCUAAACAGAGCCGUCGGGAUCGGAGGAAAGACGGCAAAACUCAAAUCAGAUUUGGAAAGAAGAGAGAAAAAAAUCCUGCCAAGAAUACAGAAAGAAGCUUUAACGACCCCUGUCUCUCUACCUCUCCGCAUCACGGAACCCCGCUAGCAACCACCCAAAAAAAUGGCACAUAACUACAUCAUCCGCGUAACCGCGGGCACUACGCGCGACGUGACCGAGCACAAGCUCGUCGCCGUCAACACGGCAGAACCCCUCAAGAUCGAGAGCGAUUUGAUCGAGGCCCGGGUCAACGUACGCGUCAAAAACUACCACGGCCUACCACGCAACUCCCCCGUCGACUCGCCGUACUUUGCCGCCGAGCCGCACGCCUACAACGAUGACCAGUACAGCAUUGCGAUUAACUUCAAACUCAAGCAGCCGCCUGAGGGUAAGGUCGGGAAGGAGGCGGACUCCAAGGAGAACGACGACGACGCCGCUCCCGCUGACGAUGAGGACCGGGAUCUGGGAGUCAAGGGCGGUGACCUGCAGUGGGGAAACGACUUUGACCAUCCGAUCCGCGACCGACUGCCGCCUGGCUUCAACACUGCGCUCAACAUAGUGCGAUGGUGGAUUGAUCCGGGAUUGGAGGGCGAUGCCUAUGCCGACUCUCCAUACCUGUAUGGCCCCGCGCUGAGCUCCUUCAACCAGGUGCGCGUCGGUCCUCCAUCAAGCGACCGCGUUCCCCAAGGCAAGGGUGCCGAUGUCGAAGGCAAAGAGGUCGGCCUCUGGAUCGAGGAGGGUGCCAAUGAUGAGGCUGGUUUUGAGAGCCGCAGGUCUACAGGCGCCCCGGAUGAUGCAAAGGCCAGGAUGAAGUGGGCGCUCAAGGCGGAUAGCAAGGAAAAAUGGGUUUGGGAGUACGGCAAAGAAUACUCGACCGACUUUUUCAACCCGUACAUCGAUUUCAAGGAGUUUGCGCUGAGGCUACCGGGAUUCCAUUUGCCCAUCAUGAAGUACUGGGAUGGGCAGGGUGCGCGGCCCCCCAAGCGCUCACACACGCUUAGAUACGUUCUCCGGAACCGCAAGACGGGUGAUCUGUACCUCGCAGUCACUUUCAGUCUGUACCUCAAGGAGGACGUCAACGAGGACGGCUCCCUCAAGCCGGGAACCGUCGAGGCGCAGAAGAAGGACAGCAGAACGAGGAAGGCUCCAACACACGAGGAUGAUCACGGAAAGCACGACGACAACGAGCCACACGACGAGGACAAGUCGAUCGAGGAGGCACGGAAGAAGUUUGGAGACAUCAAGGUCGACGAUGCUAGUCGCCCAGAUGAUGUGGAUUGAGCACAAUGCACGAUAGAUUUAAUCUAUGUUAGGCAGCCUCUUAUUGGAGACAGUCAAAUUCUAGAGCCUAUGUUCAGCUGGUCAAUUUGGGUUCUAGACUAGAGGUAAUUAGAAGGACGGAAUAAAGGCACCACGACUUACCUGAGCGGCAGUGGCUCUACUUUUGCUUUCAUAUUUUAUCAGUACCCGAACAAGGUCAGAAAAAUCAGGCUGAACGCCGUCCAGAAUUUCAUCCCAUGUUUUGCCUUGUAUUGUCUGGUACAUCUGAAAUGGCGGCGUCUUAAAAUUUACAGCCUCGGGCCAAGUGUCCGGUGUAGGGCUGCCGAUAGUUUUGAAAAUACUCAGGAUGAGUCCCAGUUGAUUGCCAUCCUCAUGCGCUGCCCUUGAUUCAAAAAGCGGCACAUGGGAAGGUCGGCAACACUCAACCAACAUAGCGCCGGCACCCCACAUGUCCACCGCUGUGCCGUAUCCUUUGUCACCAAACAGGACUUCCGGUGCACGAUAAGGCCCCGUGCCAAUGUCGAGGAUCUUGGAAUCCUGUGGCUCGGUGGCGGAGGACAGUUGAGGGUGCCAGGCCGUCCCAAAAUCGGAGAGAUAUGCCGGCCCAUCGGGGGACUUCAGGAGGACUGCUGAAGGCUUGAUGUCUCUGUGGAUGAUAUUUUUGCCGUGAAUCUGUCGCAGCGCAGUGAAGAUAUCUCGAAAGUGCGAUCGUAUCCGUUCGCGUGUGAGCCCGGCCUCGCCUUUCUGCUGCAGCUGCGCCUCGAGACUGAGAGGCAUGUAUGGGAACACAAGCACCAGCCGCUGCUCGUGGUCUCUGAAAGUCUCCAACAGUGGGAUGCAGGGCCUUGAAAGCUCUGCGAGGAUCCGGGACUCGCGGAUGGGAUCGUGCGGCGCAAUGUUGUGCGUCUCGACGAUGACCUUGAAGGCCCGGGUGUCGCACCGGUAGACUUCGGCCGUGACGCCGCUGGCGAUGUAUUGGCAAUUAUUGUGCGUGCCGAUCCUGACCCCGGACGCUGCCGUCUCUGAGCCAUGGUAAGCUGCGGGAGAGAAUGAUGAGCUCUCAUCGUCGCUAGCCAGUUUCGAGGCGUUCCUCAGUAUGUCACACGCAUUUUCGUACUCCUCCUGUUUUGUCAUCAGGGCAUCAUCGUCAGAGACGCCUCGGGCAGUGGGCGGCGGGAUCAAACACGCGCAAGGCUCACUCGUGAUGACGAUGCCGUGUAAGCUUCCAUCUCAAUGGCAAAUGCACUCUUUCCCUCCGCCGUGGCAGCAUUUUUGUCGAUACAAGAUUGGCUAUGAAGCAGAGGCACAUAAAAGCAUGUCAGGUUGUGUAAUCCAGAAGGCAGUAAAUGAAUUUUAAUUCCAUCUUCUCACAUAUUUUGGAUCUUGUC